GUUUCAGACAUCAAUGAGUUGAACCUGCCAAAGACGUGUGAGAUCAACUUCCCCGACGACGAUGACCUCCUGAACUUCAGACUCAUCAUCUCACCAGACGAGGGCUUUUACAAAGGAGGGAGAUUUGUCUUCAGCUUUAAGGUAGGACAAGGUUAUCCCCAUGACCCCCCGAAGGUAAAGUGUGAGACGAUGGUGUAUCACCCCAACAUCGACCUGGAAGGAAACGUCUGCCUAAAUAUCUUAAGAGAGGACUGGAAGCCUGUGUUGACAGUAAACUCCAUCAUCUACGGUCUACAGUAUCUAUUUCUAGAGCCUAACCCUGAGGACCCGUUGAACAAGGAGGCAGCAGAAGUCCUGCAGUCGAACCGGCGGCUGUUUGAGCAGAACGUCCAGCGCUCGAUGAGGGGCGGCUACGUGGGCGCCACCUACUUCGAGAGGUGUCUUAAAUAACUCGGCGUCCCAUGAUUCUCCAAACCCCCCCACCCCCACCCUUCCCCCUCUCCUCCUCCUCCUCACCUCCUGCUCCCCCUCUGCCUCCCCCUCCCUCCCCCCCGCCUCCCCUUUUACCGCUCAGUCCUGCUCGUUGGCAGAAGCAGGAGCUGCGGCGGCGACAGAAAGCAGCACGCCAGAAGACGCUUUUCUGUUUUAAAACAAAAGAAGACGAAGAAACUCCACCCUCCUCCUCCUCCUCCCUUCGUCCUCCCUUCCUCCCCCCUCCUCCCAUUAUUCUCUGUUUUACUUCCAAGACGCAACAUUCAACCGUUUACACGCCACAGGGGGACGCCGACGCACAACGCACACCAGAACUGGACUCAUAAAGAUGGCCGACAGCGAGCGGCGGCCGAGUGUGAUGACGGAGGAGGGGAGGGGGAGGAAGGAGGUGUGGGUGGUCAGUGAAUGUUGCUCGGGUGAGUCGGUGAUUCGCCACGACGCCGACGACGACGAUGAUGAUGAUGAUGAUGAUGACGAUGACGAUGAUCCCACAGGAUUUUCUUUUCUUUUUUAUUUAGUGUGUGUGGCGAAGACGCCUGCAUCAGACAGGCGGUCAGAAGGACACGCCCCC